AUGCUGAGGUUGAGAACUCAGUUCGCAGAUGCCAAGGCCAUCAUGGAGCAGAAACUCCGGCGGGGAAUCAGAGUCUCCUCGCAUUACUCGGGAAAGGGCACGGGGGAGAGCUGUGCGAGUCAAAUUGAACGUGCGAUUAGGGAUGAUGUGGUGGCCGAGGGCUCUGCCAUUGCUCUUGACCUCAGGUGUUUGCCGCAGCAGCAGUUUCAGCCUGUUUUCUCAGUUGAUUGCUCAGAAACAGCCCGCAAGGCGUUGCUUGCGACAGGUUGCAAGCAUGUCUUUGGCAAGAUCGAGGACAGGAUGAGACCUGAUCUGCAACGACAGCUGAAGAUGAUGGAACCGGCUGACACAGUGAGCUGCGCAGACAAGGAGCAGCAGCACAGUGACAUCAAGGAGCUAUUGUUUCAGGCUCAUCCCCCGUCACACACUGCAGACCUCCAAGCCUGGUGUUAUCGGCGCCAGAAAAACUGCAAUAUUUGGGAUGGCUUUUUCGACGACAUCAUGGACAUUGAUGAGGACGAGGAGCCCCAGCCCGAGCCGUACCACAUCAACGUAUCAGGAUUUGCGUGCACGGACUUCAGCAGACGCCGAGCUACCGCAUUGCCCCGAUUCGCUGGCAAAACCGCGCCAACGUUUUGGAAGUGGCUGCGGGAGAUCCAGCUCUGUCGCCCUCACUAUGUGUUUUGGGAGUGCUCUCCGUUUUUCCCUGAGGAGGUCAUCGCGAAUGAGAUGGACGGCGAGUACCUGCAGAUUACAAUCAUCACCGGUCCGACUCUCAUGGGGUGGCCGGUGACCAGAUUGCGUAAGUUUGGUUGCCUCAUCCGCAGAGACAUCCUCUUCCUCGGCAGCGACAAGGAGUUCCACAGCAUGUUCCAGCGACAAUGCAGCGUGAACGGUGACAUAUUCUUCACGGCCGCACCGGAUGAGUACAUCGUCGACCAAAUGAUCAGCAAGGCUAAGAGCCGAGGAUAUUAUCCGCAAAAGACUGGCGACUCCAAGCCCCAGGACUUCCCGCCGGACGUGAUGAUCACGCCCGCCAUGAAAAUGAGAAUGACGAACUACGGAAAGAAGCGGUCCCACCCUGGCCAAGCCAUGUUGGUGGAUUUGGAUCAGAACGAGAACUUCGGCAGCUGCCAUGAGUGCAUACCAUCCAUACCGACCCACAGCAGCAUCUACUCCUUCGUGAAAGGGCGUCUUUUGCUUGGCAAAGAGCUGCUGUUUUGCAUGGGCACUUUGGCUUCAUGGCAGUCAAGGCUCACAUGGGCCGUCAUCCAUUCCUGUGAGAACCUAUUUCUUCCGGAGCUGCCUGCCAGCUUGCUCGCUGAUGUGAACUUCAGCGAUACAGAGUGCCAAUUUCUGGCUGGCAAUUGCUUCGCGAUGAAUGUAAUGGGAUCGUGGAUGAUGUAUGUGCUGGCCAGAACCAUUCCGAUGCCGAUGGCUUCCGCCACUUCCCAUAAUUGCAGUUUCAUGCUACGUGGUGAUAACGGCCAAAGGACCCGCAGCUUCGAAGACCUCAGCGACGGUGACAGCGACGGCGGCCACGGCGACGAGAGCAGUGGUGUCUGA